AUGUCUAGUGAUCCUGAAAGAACUCAAACUCCAUUAAUUUUUGCUCCUAAAACCUACCAAUAUGAUAAAUCUACAUUGGAUGAGUCACAAUUAGAGAAAGAUCCAAUCGAUCAGUUCAAAAAAUGGUUCGAAGAUGCAAGAAAUGAUCCAACUGAAACGAUUCCAGAAUGCAUUACUUUCUCAUCUGCUGAAUUACCAUCUGGUAGAGUCUCCUCUCGUGUCUUAUUAUUUAAAGAAUUAGAUCAUAGGGGUUUUACUAUUUACUCAAAUUGGGGUACUUCAAGAAAGGCUAAAGAUAUCAAAUCUAAUCCAAAUGCUGCAAUUAAUUUCUUUUGGAAAAACUUGCAAAGACAAGUUCGUGUAGAUGGGAUUACUGAACAUGUUAACAGAGAAACCUCUGAACGUUACUUUGCUACCAGACCUCGUGGUUCUAAAAUUGGUGCUUGGUCAUCACCUCAAUCUCAUGUUAUUAAAAAUAGGGACGAAUUGAAUGAAUAUAAAACUAAAAAUGAGGAGAGAUUCAAGGACGUCAAAGAUGCCGACAUACCAUGUCCAGAUUACUGGGGUGGUUUAAGAGUUGUUCCAUUGGAAGUAGAAUUCUGGCAAGGAAGAGAUUCUCGUCUACAUGACAGAUUCCUAUACAGAAGAAAUUCUCCAGAAGAUCCUUGGGAAGUUGUUAGAUUAGCACCAUAA